AUGACGGAGGCUUUUAUGGGUUACAGCGAAGACUUUGAGCAAUGCCGUGAUGAAGCCAUGGAGGACAUUCGCUCUAUAACUAAGGCGGACAAUGAGCGUGAGCGUAACGAACUGGUCGAGCGUGCACAGGGCAAUAUUUCUGAGGCUGAACGUUACAUGCGUAUCCUCGAGAGCGAGUCACGCGCUGGAGACUCACAAGACCGCAGACGAAUGCAUCAGCAAUUGCGCACUUUCAAAUCGCAACUGGACAAGCUCAAGUCGAAUCUUGAGCGCUCAAAACUCAUGGAAGGUAGUCAACAGCGCCAACAGGCUUCCGCCCCGCAAGACAAUGUGGCCCGCUACCAUCAGCGCACGGAACGAAUUGAAGACCACCUUGGCGACGCUCAGGCUAUCAUCGCGCAGACUGAAGCCACAGCCCAAAAUAUUAAUCGUAAUCUUGCAGAUCAGCGCGAACAUCUUAUUAACGUCCGCACGAAUGUUGACGCAACGCGCGAAGACACAGCAGAAGCAGCCAUGCAUCUAAAGAAGCUUAAGUGCAAGAUGGCAUCGCAGAUUGUAUUCUUGUACCUCGUCAUCUUGGGCCUUAUCGUGGUGAUCAUCUGGCAGGUCAUUUCCAAGUUUGUGUAA